AUGCCGAUAACAACAAGAUCUCAGUCCAAAGCCAAGGCAUUGGCCAUGGCCUCCGAAGAAGCUAUGACUAGCGAGUCUGACUCUGAUCUCGACCUGGGAUCUGAAGUAAACUUUGACGAGGGAAGCGACCUGGAUGACGAUGAGCCACCUGACGAAAUGCUAGAGCAUCUGGUCGACCUUGAUGCCCUUGAGAAGCAGCACAACAACAAACCGAUGUAUACAAGAUCUCUCCUUUUUCAGAUCCGCAAACAGCAACGCAUAAUACUCGACGAAGCAAGCCUACCACCUGACCGCCGCACGAUACAGUAUCUCACCUGGCGAGCCCAAGAUGGAAGUCUCACGAAUGUUUGGAAGGAUAAAAACCUUUCCCGGGUAGUCCAAGAGCGAAAGCAACGCGUCGAUGUUGACUACGUAUGCCGCGUCGCCCUCGAUCCAGAGUUCCAGCGCGAGUAUGGAUGGCACGUUGGAUCAACCCUUAUGUUACGACUGUACAGCGAUGCUGUCACUAAGUAUAGUGGUACAGAGGAUGUGUAUCUCGGCGCUCCUUACGCUCUUCGUGUCGUAGAUCAGGGCAAGACUCUCCAACACCAAGAUGAAAACCAAAUGCAGAGGUAUCGUGAUGCGGUAGCUCAGUCAUUGGCUUUCUGGAAGAGGGGUGACUUUGCCAAGAAGUUCACAGCCACGAUCAAAGGUAUCGCGGGCCUCUCAGCGCCAGUUGAGAAGAUUGUGUGUUUUGGCCUAUCUGUACCCCGCCCGGACUGGAUGCAUCACAGUGUGUUCCAACACAUCCCAGUUUUCAGUAUGGCAAAAACCUUAGCUAGGUUCUACCAAAAGUACGGGUUGGAACAAAAGAAGAUCAAGAUCUUGCUUCAAGAGCCCAACUACGAAGAGAGGGACUGGACGCUGUUCAGCGAACUUCACAAAGCCAUGGGCUGUGAAGCCAGCAGCGAGAUAGAAUUCGUCAACGAUCCAGACGGACUACUUGCCAUCGACACGAGCACUAUGGUAAUCGCUCCGCAUUUGCCUACCGGCACUUUUCCUUGGAUUCAGAUCAUCGCUGAUCUCUUCGCAUCGGGGUCUGGGCCGGCUGUCAUCAUCGGCGAUCAUCUCGCUGUCGAUAUUGGGAAGGAAGUCUUCGUUCACUAUGAUCGCGGGUCGCCAGCCGUCUCGAGGUUUCUCUCAGAUCGAUAUGAGGAGUUUCAAAGUGUUCUCCCUCAUGAGAGGCAAUGGAACGAGUUACGUCUGCCUGAUGUGACCACUGGGUUUGAUCCGUAUGGUAUCGACUGGAUACCGGGUAUGGACAUCUACGUACGACACGAUGGUCUUAAUUGUGAGCACCUGUAG